CGACGUUAAACGAGCAGCGCGUCGGCAGUUAACAGCAUUACUGGUGAACCAUACACGAUCACCGUGAUGAAGAAUGGCAGCCAGAUCUCGGCCCUCCUCGGAGAGGCAACUGCUCAACGAAAGUCGAAUGCUAUACCCUGUCAGCAAGCGCCUGGGGUUCAGCCCUCGACGAAAUGAGGUCACUGCAAGAGAAGAAAAUGAGGGUGAGCAGCAUAUGGCUGGCAAUGGUGGUUGUAGUAUAUGGGGUCGCUGCCGACAGGACCAUCACGAUCAGAUAUUCUCAGCCUGUAAGACCAUACACAGGGACUUGCUCUUGAGUCUGGGAGGCACUCGUGGGGUCAAAGGUUGUUGCGUCACGUUAGUGUACAGGUCUCUCCUUUAUUGCGGCCACGGCCCGACUUCGUACGUGCUCAAGAGCGAAGAGCGUUGGCUUGACAGGGCCGCUGUUAGUGUGCUCUAUAGCGGCAGCACGAGGUUCUAUGAGAAGGUGGAUUGGACCACAUUGCCUAACACCGAGACCUUAUUCAGCAGCACUCCGUGGCUGCAAGAUAUCUUGGGCCCUUACGCUGACCCGGAAUUACGAUCUUUGAGCGACGCAGACGUCUAAGACUUGUGCGCUCAAGACGUCGAAGGGCUUCGAGCCGAGGCUCGUUACACCAAUGUUGGGGUCG